CGGAAGGGGCGGAGCUGUGGCGGCGGCGGCUGAGAAGGCAGCGGUGGCGGCAGCGACGACGGCGGCUCCGGAGGCCGCAGUCCCGGUCCUGGCUUCGGCCCCAGCCCCACCAUGGUGACGCUCGCUGAGCUGCUGGUGCUCCUGGCCGCCCUCCUGGCCACGGCCUCGGGCUACUUCGUUAGCAUUGACGCCCAUGCAGAGGAAUGCUUCUUCGAGCGGGUCACCUCGGGCACCAAGAUGGGCCUCAUCUUCGAGGUGGCCGAGGGCGGCUUCCUGGACAUCGACGUGGAGAUUACAGGACCUGAUAAUAAAGGAAUUUAUAAAGGAGACCGGGAGUCCAGUGGGAAAUACACAUUUGCUGCUCACAUGGAUGGAACAUACAAGUUUUGUUUUAGCAAUAGGAUGUCUACCAUGACUCCAAAGAUAGUGAUGUUCACCAUUGAUAUCGGGGAAGCCCCCAAAGGACAAGAUAUGGAAACAGAAGCUCACCAGAACAAGCUAGAAGAAAUGAUUAAUGAACUCGCAGUGGCGAUGACAGCUGUGAAGCAUGAACAGGAAUACAUGGAAGUCCGAGAGAGAAUACACAGAGCGAUCAAUGACAACACAAACAGCAGAGUGGUCCUUUGGUCCUUCUUUGAAGCUCUUGUUCUAGUUGCCAUGACAUUGGGACAGAUCUACUACCUGAAGAGAUUCUUCGAAGUCCGGAGGGUUGUUUAAAAGCCUUUUCCCCAUAAUCCCAAAUUCAUAAUUCACUGUUUACCAAACAUCUUGAUCAUAAUAAUGUCAUUAGUUUCUAUGUUUUUAUUUUCUGAACUGUAUCUUCACAGCUUAUGUUUCUUUGUGAUUAAUUGAUAUUGGGGGAAAACACCUUUUUAGGAAAGCUAUAGUAAAAAUUUGACAUUUGAUUGGCAUAAAUUCAUAUUUGAAUUCUGCUUCCAUUAUAGAGACCCUCCCAAAACUCAAACACUGUAAGCUGAAUAUAGGUGUAGAGUCCUUAGUUUUCUUUCCUUUUGUUUUCAUUAUAAAAUACAGUUUGUUCAGGAUAGUACUUUACUAAAAUGACUCUAUUCUUGGGAUCCCUUAUCCUGCAGUUCAAGUCACUAGGAAGAUUCAUUUUGUUGAGAAACAACAAUCUGAAUCUUGACAUUUUCUAUCCAGCUUGAUGGUAGAGCUCUGUGACCAGAGUAUGUGACCAGGUUGGUACUUUUAUAUUUUGUCUAUCUUGUUUUUGCUUUAAAGAUAAGACUUAAACCAACAACCUUUACCCACCCCUCCAAAGUUUCACUUUGAACCUUAGAACUCAAUCACCUCCACUUAAAAUUGUUGACACAAGCAGCUAAUAACCAUUUUUUGGUUUCUGCCUAACCUUGUGAGAAGUCUAUUAAAGCCAGUUCUCUGGGUGUUUCGGCAAAUGGUGGCCCUUUUUCUUUCUAUGCUGGCGCAUCCAGCUGCUCUACUCUUGGCAUGUGGGAGGUAUGCAUUCAUGUAAUUGGAAAAAUCUGGAUUUCCGAUGCCAAAGGGUUAAAGCUUCUUGGAUUUCUUUGCAGUGAUAUACAGCCACUAUUUUAUUUUUGAUCAGUGGCAUUUUGGCCACUGUUUAAUUAGGGUACUGAACAUCGCUGUCAGUACUAGGGUUUUUGUUUUUCUUGGGUCUUUCUUUUUUGGCACAUGUGAAUUUUGUUUUGUAUAGAACGAAACGACUUUCUUUUGGUCUCUGAUGAUGGGUUUAAAAAUCAAGGAGCAUCUGGUUUUGGUGUGGGGGUGAUCCAGGAUUAUGUUGUGACUGAUGUAUAUUGGUUACUUGUACAUUUUUUUUUGGAUCUUUGCAAGGGGAAAACUACAAGUAACGAGUUUUGUAUAAUUAAAUUUGUUACAGGUUUUCAUGUUCAGGGUAAACAGUUUUUCAACCUUGGGUGAAAAUACUUGCAACAGUUUAAGGUGACUGAGUUUUACCUUAGGACAACUGUUGCAUGCCAAUUUGUGUGCGUGUGUGUGUGCAAACACUUCAAAAUUGAGUUAAAAGAUGUAAAUUUAAAUUUGGUUGUGUAUCUGAUCUGCCCCAGGUUCAGUAAAUAAACAGUUCUUUUUAAAAACA